AUGGAAUAUACUAUUAAGGAUAUGAGUGGAUUCCUAUUAAAUAAGUAAACCUACUCCUAAUCCCUAGAUAAUAUAAGCUUCUCAAAAAACUAGGAGCAGGAGCAUUUGGUGAAAUUUAUUCAGCUACCGCCAAUGGUUAAGAUUACGCGAUCAAAAUAGAGAGAUCUGAUACUAAACAUCCCCAACUUCUUUUUGAAUCUAAGCUUUAUUAAUAUCUAAACAAUUCCCCGAUUAUUGGCAUUCCAAAAUAUUACGGAUAUUUAUAAUAAGACAAUUAUAAUUUCCUAGUCAUGGAGCAGUUAGGCAAAAGUCUUGAAGAUAUUUUCACAGACAAUAAUCGCAUCUUUUCAUUGCAAUCAGUUACUGUCUUAGCUCUAUAAAUGUUAGAAUGUAUAGAAUUCUUACAUAGCAAAUAAUUCCUUCAUAGAGACAUCAAACCUGAUAAUUUCUUAUUAGGCAAAACACAUAAAGAUAGAGUUUAUAUGGUUGAUUAUGGAUUAGCUAAAAAGUAUAUUAAUAAAGAUACUCAUAUUCCAUAUAAAGAUAAUAAAGCUUUGACUGGAACUGCUAGAUAUGCUUCUAUUAAUACUCAUUUAGGAAUUGAAUAAUCUAGAAGAGAUGAUUUAGAAUCUCUUGGAUAUGUUAUUAUGUACUUCUUGAGAGGUACAUUACCAUGGUAAAAUUUAAGAGCUAAUACUUAAAAGGAUAAAUAUGACAGAAUUAUGGAAAAAAAAUUAGCCACUUCAAGUGAAACUUUAUGUAAAAAUCAUCCAAAAUAAUUAUACCAUUUUAUUGAAUAUGCUAAGAAUCUUAAAUUUGAUGAAAAACCAGACUACAAUUAUCUUAAAAAUCUUUUUAUGUCAAUUAUGAAAGAAAAUGAACUAAGAAUUGAGUACAUUUAUGAUUGGGAUGAUGAAGAUACUCAUCGAGAGAAAAUACUCUUAAAGAAUUAAUCCUAAAACUAAUAAUAAGAUUAAUAAUAGAGUAAUAAUCUCAUUAAGAAUACUAACUACUCUCAAUAUAAUAAUAACAGAUAAUCAGUUAUGAGAACUAAAACAUCAUCCAUACAUUCAAUAAAUAAGAUAUCAGUUUUAAAAAUAUAAUAAAAUUUAAAUACUUAAAAUAGUUAAAUUAACAAUAAGAAAAACCCAAUAGAAAACAAAGUUAAAUCAAUUAUCAAAAAACAUUCGAGCUUACACUAUAACUGA